AUGGAGUUCAACUUGCUCAUUGACCCAGAAGCUCAGAGCCCCCCACUUUCCCUCUCAGAAUCUGGGACACCUCAACAUGCACACAGGCACAAGGGGCAAGCAAAUGACACAGAAAAGUCACAGCAGAAUCAGACUGGCAAUUCCACUCCUGAGGAUGGCUCCCUGAGAAAGAAGCAACGUAGGCAGAGAACUCAUUUUACCAGCCAGCAAUUACAGGAACUUGAAGCCACUUUUCAAAGGAAUCGGUAUCCAGACAUGAGUACCCGAGAGGAGAUUGCUGUCUGGACUAACUUGACGGAAGCCAGAGUUCGGGUAUGGUUUAAAAACCGCAGAGCCAAAUGGAGGAAGCGGGAAAGAAAUCAACAGGCAGAACUUUGUAAGAAUAGUUUUGGAGCUCAGUUCAAUGGACUGAUGCAACCUUAUGAUGAGAUGUAUAGUAGUUAUUCCUAUAAUAACUGGGCUACCAAAGGACUUACUGCUGGCACUCUAUCAGCAAAGAGCUUCCCAUUCUUCAACUCCAUGAAUGUCAAUGCCCUUUCUUCCCAGCCCAUGUUCUCAACAUCCAGUUCUAUAGGGUCUAUGUCUGUACCUUCCUCAAUGGUUCCUUCAACAGUGACUGGUGUGCCAGGCUCAAGCCUUAACAAUCUUAACAGCCCUGGUCUUAACUCUGCAGUUCCAUCUAGUACCUGUCCCUAUGCAUCCACAGCCAAUCCUUACAUGUAUAGGGAUACCUGUAACUCAAGCCUGGCUAGCUUGCGAUUGAAGGCAAAACAGCAUGCCAACUUCACCUAUCCAGGAGUGCAGACAGCACCCUCCAGCCUCAGCCCAUGCCAGUAUGCUGUGGAUAGGUCAGUAUGA